UGUGUUUUCAGAAAAAGUGAAUUAAUGUAAACCGUCAAAAAUCGCUUUCGUCGUUUAGCUUCUUCUCAUUAUUCGGGAAACGCCUUAUCUUUGCACAAAGGCAAACAAACAACAACAGCAACAAGCCCAGUUCCAACCCAAACACACCGCAUACUCUUCCCUACAAUAAUCUUAAACAUUAUUCUUAUUCUUUAAAAUUAAAAAGAAAAAAGAAAAAGAAGAAAAUAUUAUAGCAAUGAGUGAUUCAUUCUCCACAAAAAUUAAGUUCUAAAGAAAGAAAUCUUCACGUAUUAUGCUGGACUGCUUCAACAAAGCAAAAUGAAUCACUGUGUUCCAGAUUUCGAAAUCCAAAUGGACGAUGACGAAGAAUUCCCAAUUCCCGUCUCAAAGAAACCCUCAAUGCAAAACGACGAGAUCAUGGAACUAUUGUGGCAAAACGGCCAGGUUGUGAUGCAGAGCCAAAACCAUCGAUCACUCAGAAAACCGCCGCAUACGUUGGUUGCCGGCGGAGUCUCUCCGGCUAGGGAGAUUCGAUCCUCUGAAGCAGAAAACUACGGUAACCAACACUUGUUCAUGCAAGAAGACGAAAUGGCUUCGUGGCUUCACUAUCCAAUCCACGAAGAUCCUCCUCCCUUUGAUCACCACGAUUUCAGCGCCGACAUGCUGAACCCGCCGACAAACGUAAUCGCGAGCGUGACUCACAAUAGCGCCGCCAUACAAUCCUCCGUUCGCACGACGGAGCUUCGACAUCCUGCUCCUCGUCCGCCGAUUCCUCCUUCUCGGCGGCCGGUGCCGGCGGCAAACAGGAUGCAGAAUUUCUCACACUUCUCGAAUCACGGCAAUGCGUCGUCGAGUUCGAAGGCCACGGCGGCGCAACCGACGGUGGUGGAUUCGUGCGAGACGCCGGUCGCGACGGCGGAGCACGCUGACACCGGUCGCGCGAGCAUGACCGCCGCCGAUGCAGGUAAGGCGGCGGAGUCUGGAGGAAGGGAGACGGCGACGUGCGAUGUGACGGUGACGUCGUCUCCUGGUGGUUCAAGCGGGAGCGCGGAACCAGUUCAGAGGGAACUUGACCGAAAGAGGAAGGGGAGAGAAGCGGAGGAAUCAGAAUUUCAGAGCGAGGAUGUCGAUUUUGAAUCUCCGGAAGCUAAAAAACAAGGGCGUGGUUCUACAUCUACUAAGAGAUCCCGUGCUGCAGAAGUCCACAAUCUCUCAGAGAGGAGGCGUCGAGAUAGAAUUAAUGAAAAAAUGAAAGCUUUGCAAGAACUUAUACCUCGAUGUAACAAGUCUGACAAAGCUUCAAUGUUGGAUGAAGCAAUUGAAUAUUUGAAGUCACUGCAAUUACAAGUGCAGAUGAUGUCCAUGGGAUGCGGCAUGGUACCCAUGAUGUUUCCUGGAAUCCAACAGUAUUUGCCGCCAAUGGGAAUGGGAAUUGGCAUGGGUAUGGGCAUGGAAAUGGGAAUGAACAGACCAGUAAUGCCAUUUCCCAAUAUGUUAACUAGUUCAACUUUGCCAGCAGCAACUGCAGCUGCUCAUUUGGGACCGAGGUUUCCCCCUGUGCCUCCUUUCCAUAUUCCCCAUGUUCCUGCCCCUGAUUCAUCCAGAAUGCCAGCACCAAAUCUGUCAGAUAAUAGUAUGCUUAACGCACUUGGUACGCAAGGUCCAGAUCAAUCACGUAUCCCAAACUACACUGAUCCUUAUCAGCAAUACGUCGGCCUCCAACAGGUGCAGUUACAAUUAAUGCAGGCAAUGAACCAACCAAAUGUAAGCAAGCCUACUACCAGUAGGGGUCAAGAGAAUCCAGAAAAACAUCAGUCAGAAGAAACAUGAUUGGUUGAUAUUUACAAUCUAGAGUUGACAAUUCAAUUGUGCUGCUCACUGUUGGAUCGCUGGCACAAAUUGCAGGUUAAGCUUCCCCGGCCCUAUACAAAAGCAGCCAAGUGGUGUUUUAGAGAGAGCUAACUUUUUAGCAGUUCUCAGUAACAAGCUAAUCAAAUGGCUAACAUGUAAUUAUCUUCACCCUCUGCACUUUUUACUCCACUUAAACGUUCAUUCUAUUUUUAGAAAGUCUAGUUCUUUAUACAAAGUAGAAGAUCCUCUCUGUUUUGUAAUUAGAUUGGAUUCAGAUCCCGUUCUGCUCCCUAUUUUCUUUUGUAUUA